AUGCUCCUCUGCCAUCGCUAGGGUUUUGAGCUCCAUCAUCUUCAAUCUCUCUCUCGCGUUCGCCUCAGCUAUGGCGAAGAACAGGAACAAGAAGAAGCGGAACGCCGCCGCCGACGCAAUGGACGUCGCCGAGAAAACAGUCUCCGACGGCCCUCAAGCAAUGGACACUUCGGAGUCUGGAGCUAAAAGUUCGGCUGCAGGCGCUGCGAAUAGAAAUAUCAGGAAGGGAAGACCAAUGAAAAGAACGAAGAAUGUCAGGAAGAUGAAGGCGAUAACAAAGGCCAUAUCAAAGAAUGAGCAGAUUACGGAGAAAGUUUCAAAGAACGAUAGCAAAACCGUGAGAACCCAAUCUGCAAAAACGCUGUAUGACUAGCGUAGCUCAAUCUUUGGUCCAUACUUUUUUGAUGACGAGGGAGUAGAAUCAUUGUAGGAGUUUCAGUUUCUUAGUUCUAGUAUUUGCAUUUUACAUAUAAAUUGUUCUUUCUUCCAAAUAAGAUGGAAGGUAUAAUUAUCAGCAUCCUCAUCUUUAUUUGGUGAUACCUUUUGUACUGAAAUGUUUGUGUAAGGUACAUAUAAAGCUUCAAAGAGUUUGAUUAUACCAAGUGUCAGUUUAUGUA